CCGUUCAUUCACCAAGCCAUGAAGUCGAUUGUGAAAGUUCUACAGUGGCUGGGCUUCUGGACCCAACCAUACCAGAACCAAAAGAGGACCAUGAUGCCUCUAGUGUACAUCGUAGUGUAUAUUUUGUGCCUGAUUAUUCCGGCGAUAGUCUACAUAGUUCGUGGAAACCACAACUUUGCGAGUUUUUUAACGAUUGCUACGGAAACGAUCAGUAUCAGCAACAUAUUAUGCCUUUUCACGAACACAUUUUUUAAUCGGCUAAAUCUGGAGCGAACAUACGACGGAGUUCGUUUCACCAUGAACGCCUUUUUAACGGAUGGCCAUGACGAGAUCCGCACCCAAGUGAACCAACUGGAUAGAUCUUCCGAUCGGUUCUUCAAAAUUUACAUAAGAUUUGAAGUGGUUGUGGGAGUUGCAUAUCUGUUUUAUUCUCCCAUUGUAUCGAUCGUACAGUAUGCAAGCUCAGAAGAGUCACCUCCACUACAUGGAAUUUUCGAAGCUGACUUCUAUUUUUUCGAUACUACAUCCAAUUUUUACCAAUGGUUGUUGAUAAUAGUAAUAAGCUGGGUUGUACUGAUCAGCUUGAUGAUUAUGCUGAUCUCUAUAACCAGCAUGAAUUGGAGUUUAUUGCACCACAUAAACGGCUUGUUCAAAGUGAUCUGUUUGAAAAUUUCGUACUUGAAUGAAUAUUCGGAUGAACGAGCGCGGACUCAAGAACUAUUUGCAACAAUCGAACUGCAAGAGCGGAUUUACAGAUGUGUUCGCUCUAUGGAAAAUGCUCUCAACGUGUACAUGCUGAUCCAAUUUGGAACGUGCAUAAUUAUGAUGUGUAUGACGAUGAUGACACUAAUAUUGGCAAAGGAUGAUAGAGAUCUGUUGAUCAAAAUGGUAACCAUGUUAUCGUACAUAUUUUUCCAUAUAUUGGUCUACUCUAUGUUGAGCACCGAGCUGAUAACGGCGAGCACCUCCAUUGCAGACGCCAUCUAUGAUGUCCACUGGUACCAAUGGUCGGUUCCGGAGCAGCGCGUCAUUUUGUUUGUGCUGAGCCGAUCGCAACGCAUGGCGAAGCUUACUACUGGCAAGUUUUUCGAUGUCAAUCGUGAAACGUUUGGUAAGACUCUGCAAACAGCAGUAUCGUACUUUGCCGUUUUGUUGCAGCUAUAUGGAUCCCAAUAAAAAAAUGACAAUUCACAUGAAGUAGUCGAAUGUUAUACUGUUUUACACAAAUAUUUGAAUAUUUAGUUUUUUUUUCUCUUCAGAAAACUACAAACACAAAAUAAAAUUAUA